AUGAGCUUUACAAGCGAAGAAGUAAAUUAUCUUAUUUAUCGCUACCUUAAGGAGUCAGAAAGUCGCGCAGAUGCACUAGAUGUCCAAAAUGGAGACGUUCAGCCUGGAGCAUUGAUAAAUCUCAUUCAAAAGGGUCUCUUAUACAUGGAUAUCGAGACUCAUAUGAAUCCUGACGGAACAUCAAGUGAAUGCACGGUUCCAUUUACAUUAAUUGGUUCACACAAAUGCGACAAAACUGCCAAGAAACAUAAGCGUGAGGAAGCGCCCUCUUCUAGCAACAAGAGAGAACGGAGAGAGGAGAGACGCUUGCAGAAAGACGCAGCCGAUCGUGAUAGACGCUCAAAGGAUAUCCCAGACCAGCAGUUUAGAGAUAAUGACGAUAUGGAUGUAGACCGUGUGCCGUUAACUGAAAUAUCACCAAUAUAUGCCAGUGGCAAUAAUCAGCCAUCUCCACCAGAACCUAAUGGGAAAGAUGUACCACCAAGUGUUAUACCUUCUGAAGAUGUAAUUACUUUGGAUGGGCACGAGCAAGAAGUGUUCGUUUGCAGUUGGAAUUCUAGUACACCCGCAAUAUUGGCAUCUGGCGGUCAUGAUGCAACAACACGUAUUUGGAAAAUACCACAAUCGAAGAAUUCCCCAUAUGAAGAGCCUAUUGUAUUGAAGGCUGUGUUCAAUGGCGAGAAUAGUGAGCCCGGGUCGCAGAAAGUGGUCGUGAUGGACUGGAGCGUUCAAGCAGGUCUGCUCGCUAUAGCCUAUGCAGAUGGAACUGCGCGAAUAUAUACGAGUUCUGGCGACUUGCGAGCAGUACUCGAACAACAUAAUAAAUCCAUCUUGGCAAUAAAAUGGAAUAACAAGGGCUCAUACAUUGCGACCGCGAGUAUGGACAAGACUGCCAUUGUGUGGGACCCAAAUACUGCCAAUAAACGACAAGCAUUCGACAUACACCAAGAUGUCGUAAUGGAUAUCGAUUGGCUGGACGACAUGACGUUUGCCACAUGCUCAAGAGACCACAAGAUCUGUAUCUGUCAGAUAGGCGUGCCAUGCCCCCUUAAGACUUUUAUACACGAUAAUGCCGUUCAUUCGGUUGCCUGGGAUCUAUCAAAUCGUUUCCUGGCAUCGUGUUCGGAUGAUUGUACUGCAAAGAUUUGGUCGAUGACUAAAGACGAGCCAAUUCAUAGUUUCACUCAUCCAGCACGAGUAUUUGUGGUCCAGUGGUGUCCCAUUAUUAAGACGACUAGGCAACAACCAACGCGGUUUAUAGCGACUACAUGCGCUGACGCGGUUGUACGAAUAUGGGAUGUCAUCAAGGGAGAAUUGCGACACGAAUUAUCACAUUCGGCCGUGUCGCAAUCUAUUGCGUUUAGUUCGGAUGGGAAAUAUCUUGCCACAGCGUCUCUAAAUCCCACACUCUGUAUCUGGUCUGUGAAGAGCGGGAAGCUAUGUAGAACAUAUAAAACUGAUGCUCAGGCUAUCUUCGAUGUAUGCUGGAUCAGUAUACCAAAUGGUGACAAAUACAGAUUAGCGGCCGCAUUAAGUAACGGCUCUGUCCUAAUCGUUGAUGUUCGACUGUAA